GGAUUUAUGAAUGGGGGGAAGAGGCCACAUGCCACCGCCGCCUCCUUCUGUUGACCGCACGCAGCCCGGGCCCCUAGAGCUCUGGCUGCCGUGAGAGUGUCGGCUCGGCCCCGGCAGUCGCUCCGAGAACUUGUUGCUGCUGCGCUGCCGCCGCUGCGGGGAAGCCCGCUGCUCCCGGGGAUCGGCGCGGGCUGGGAUCCCGAGGGUGGCCCGUGUGAGUGUGAGAGCGCGCGCGCCCGGGACCCUCGCAGUGCGCCCGGACUGUUCGCUUCCUCGUCUUUUCGGGGGAAGAGGGGAGUGUCCCGGGCCGCGAGCGUCUGAGUGUCCAGUCCCAGCGGGAGAGCGUGUGCGUGCCUGCCCGGGCCUGCCCGGGCCCCUCACUUGGGUCCUUGGCUCCCCUUUCCCCCUCCUGCCUCACUCCCCGGCGCUGCCUGCCCAAAUCCCAACCACCUGUGCACCCGAGAAGCCCAACUCCUCCCGCUCAGCGCCCCGGGGGGAAGGCAGAGGCAGGGCCACGUCGCAGAGGGGGCCGCCACCUCCUCGUCUCCUCCCCCUCCCCCGUCUGACGCUGCCUCCUCGGGAAGGGUGUUUGGAGGGCAGCGGCCGCCCCAAGCCGAAGCCCCGCAGCGCUUCUUAUGAUCAGCUCGGUGUGUGUCUCCUCCUACCGCGGGCGCAAGUCGGGGAACAAGCCUCCGUCCAAAACAUGUCUGAAGGAGGAGAUGGCCAAGGGCGAGGCGUCGGAGAAGAUCAUCAUCAACGUGGGCGGCACGCGACAUGAGACCUACCGCAGCACCCUCCGCACCUUACCCGGCACCCGCCUCGCCUGGCUGGCUGAUCCCAAUGGCGGGGGCCGGUCCGAGUCCGAUGGCGGCGGUGUGGGCAGCGGCAGCGGCGGAAGCUGCGAGUUCUUCUUCGACAGGCACCCGGGCGUCUUUGCGUACGUGCUCAACUACUACCGCACCGGCAAGCUACACUGCCCCGCCGACGUGUGCGGGCCGCUCUUCGAGGAGGAGCUCACCUUCUGGGGCAUCGACGAGACCGACGUGGAGCCCUGCUGCUGGAUGACCUACCGGCAGCACCGCGACGCCGAGGAGGCGCUCGAUAUCUUCGAGAGCCCAGACGGAGGCGGCAGUGGCGCGGGGCAUGGCGACGAGGGCGGCGACGAUGAGAGGGAGCUGGCCCUGCAGCGCCUGGGACCUCACGAGGGAGGCGUGGGCCCCGGCGCCGGGUCGGGGGGCUGCCGCGGCUGGCAACCCCGCAUGUGGGCGCUCUUCGAGGAUCCCUACUCCUCCCGGGCAGCCAGGGUUGUGGCCUUCACCUCUCUCUUCUUCAUCCUGGUCUCCAUCACCACCUUCUGCCUGGAGACCCAUGAGGCCUUCAACAUCGACCGCAAUGUGACAGAGAUCCACCGAGUAGGGAACAUCACCAGCGUGCACUUCCGGCGGGAGGUGGAGACAGAGCCUAUCCUAACCUACAUCGAGGGCGUGUGUGUGCUGUGGUUCACACUGGAGUUCCUGGUGCGCAUCGUGUGCUGCCCCGACACGCUAGACUUCGUCAAGAACCUGCUCAACAUCAUCGACUUUGUGGCCAUCCUGCCCUUCUACCUGGAGGUCGGACUGAGCGGCCUGUCGUCCAAGGCGGCCCGCGACGUGUUGGGCUUCUUGCGUGUGGUGCGCUUCGUGCGCAUCCUGCGCAUCUUCAAACUGACACGCCACUUUGUGGGGCUGCGCGUGCUGGGCCACACCCUGCGGGCCAGCACCAAUGAGUUCCUGCUGCUCAUCAUCUUCCUGGCUCUGGGCGUGCUCAUCUUUGCCACCAUGAUCUACUAUGCCGAGCGCAUUGGCGCCAGGCCCUCCGACCCGCGGGGCAAUGACCACACCGACUUCAAGAACAUCCCCAUCGGCUUCUGGUGGGCUGUGGUCACCAUGACAACACUGGGCUACGGGGACAUGUACCCCAAGACGUGGUCAGGCAUGCUGGUGGGGGCGCUGUGUGCCCUGGCUGGUGUGCUCACCAUCGCCAUGCCUGUGCCAGUCAUUGUCAACAACUUCGGCAUGUACUACUCCCUGGCCAUGGCCAAGCAGAAGCUGCCUAAGAAACGAAAGAAGCAUGUGCCACGGCCGCCCCAGCUUGAGUCGCCCAUUUACUGCAAGUCUGAGGAGACCUCACCCCGGGACAGCACCUACAGCGAUACCAGCCCCCAAGCCCCAGAAGGGGCUAUAGUUGAGAGGAAACGGGCAGACUCCAAGCAGAAUGGGGAUGCCAAUGCUGUGCUGUCAGAUGAGGAGGGGGCAGGCCUCACCCAGCCCCUGGCCUCUGUUCCCACCCCGGAGGAGCGCAGGGCCCUGCGACGCUCUGGAACACGAGACAAGAACAAGAAGGCAGCUGCCUGCUUCCUGCUCAGCGCUGGGGACUAUGCCUGUGCUGAUGGUAGUGUCCGGAAAGGCUGUGAAAAGUCCCGGAGUCUAAACAACAUAGCUGGAGCGGCAGGAACCGGUCUGGGGCUGUCUCCACUGGCAUCACGAUACAGCUCGCCCUACCCACCAAGAAAGCUCCUGCUCUCCCACCCCUUCCACCCCCUCACCAGCCCACCGCCCGGGCAUGCAGCCCCUUAGCUGCUCCCUCAGCCCUCCUGCCUCUCGCAUGCCCUGUCAGGCACACAUCCAUGCCCUCAGGCCUGCUUCUUCUGGGGCCCUGCACGGCCCGCAGACCUCGGGGCCAAAGAGUGGCCUGUGAGGGCUGGGCAACAUGCAAGAGAAUGCAGGCUCCAAGCCUCUCCCUCACAGCAUCCCGCUUCCCAGAAUGCUCAGCUCUGGAGCCUGAGAGCCAGGGGGAGAUUUCUUCCAGGGCUUCUCCUCCAUCCAGCCCCAGCCCCAACCAGAGAUGCCAGUACCCCCAGGGCCUGUGUCUCUGGACCCCGGCUCCACCUCAGGGUUGCACUUCAUCACUGCAAAUACACUUCCAUUCCUUGUGGCCUUCAAUCAGUAACCAGCCUGCAACUGAAUGUCUCUGUCUGUCUGUCUGUCUGUCCCACACCCAGACCAGGAAGGAAUCAGGCUUGACAUCCCUUGGGACAUCCCUGCUGGUGUGCAGGAGCUUGACUCCUCAGGGAAGCAGUGCCACCCUGGGAGGAGAGGCCAGAUGCUCUCCAGCUCUGGCCCUGGGCGUAGUAGGGGCCUAGAGGAGGAGCCCCAAGAUUGGCUGCCUAGGCAUGGGGAUGCCCUCCUCUCUGGGGGAACAGCCCAUGUCCCAUCUGUGCCCUGAGCCUCAGCAUCUCUGCCAUGCUGCUUCCACGACAGUUUUUCUUCCUUCUCUGGCUCCCUCAAACUCCCAGCCCUGCCUCUGAGUCACCUGCUGCUCCCACCAGCCUCUGUGCUCUGUAUUGCUGCCAGAACCUGAGACUCAUCUAAUUUCUAUAAUUAAGUGUAUUCAUUUACCUAACGAGCCCAGGAGCACAACAGGUCUGUGAGUCACUGUGUAAGCAGGGGCUCACCCUGGGCAGGGGCAGCUGAGGGCAAGUGUGGGGAUAGAAGCCAUCCUGCCCCCCACCUGCUCUUGCAGGGCACCCUGCCACUCCCAGGGAGGGCUGUUCAGCAGAUAGCCUCUCCCCCAGCAGGGCACCUGAGCUCUCCAGGACCUCCUUAGCCCAGGACCUUGGAACACCUCAGCCAAGACAUUUCCUGUUUCACCUGAUGGGAAUUAGACCUGACAGCAGUGCCAUGCACCUGGAAAUUUUUAAUGUCAAAUUAUGCAGCUUGGUAGAGGGAAUGACUAAGGUCCAUAUCUGCUCCCUCCAGGGUGGGCAAAGAUAGGUGUGGCACCUCAGCACGAGGCUGGGACUCUGGAGGCCACCCUGAAAGGCAAACAGGGCCACCAAGGUCCAACUGUUUCCUGGGGUGGGGGCUGCGAGGAGCCUGUGCCAGGAGCGUUGCUGUCGCAGUGCUCUCUUCAGCCUCAGGCAGGCACAGGGAUGUCCUUUGCAUAGCCUGGCUGGUCUAUGGGGUUGCCUCCCGCCUGCUCUCAGAAUGCAGUGUUACCCUAAGAGCUGAGAAGAUACAGGGGCAUCCAUGUGACCACCCUUCAGAAGGGGACAGGCCCUUUUAGGUGACAGGAACAGGAAGCCCUGUGGGGUAGGAUGGAGAUGCUGGGUGCCUUCUCCCCUCACCGCUGAGCAUCAGGUUCAGACCUGGCCCCACAGAGCUCCCUGGUAUGGGGGUCCUCGUUCUGCUAGGAAAGUGAUAAGCUAGGUGCCUGGUUUGGUGCGGGCACCCCAGCUAGUUUCUCCUCUGACUUGCCUUUCUGGUUCAGGGAACUGAGAUGGCUAUUUCUGUGGCAGCCUUCAAAUUGUCAGGAGCCCAAGUUUCCACGGUACCCACCUCCUCCUUCCCUCCCACAGGGAUGGGAAUGCUCACAGCACCCCUAUGGUGGGCACAGAUGUCCCUGGGCGACAUGUUGCAGGAGUGCCAGGCUGGUGCCCCUAGUGCCUUGGGAAAUGGCUCCCACAUGUCCAUUCUGGCUGGCUGGCUUCUGCAGGAGAGACACAGGACCCGGUGAACAGGAAAACUGCAUAGGAUGUCUGCCCCAGCUGCCUCUCAGGUCUCCCCAGGGCCCUAGAAAGGGCAAAGUGAGUCCUGGAGUUCACAGAGACCUCUGCCUGAGGACACAUCUGCCUGCAUGGGCCUUUGGCUUGCCCAGGCCUUGGGCCUCCCUCCUUAGGAGAAGGCUCUCCCUCCCUCCCCCCUGAAAUCUGAGAGCACAGUUUGCUUUAUCUUGGAUCUGAACUGGAUCUGUAUGCAUUACUUUGGCUUCUAGAAGUCUUGUUCCCUUGGGGGGCCCAGCGUCUCCCCACAGAGCAGGGAAGCAGUGUGGUAGCAGUUGUUAACCAGAUCCUCCUGUUUGUACCAGAGCUACUGACAGACUUAGAGGCCACUUUUCAGCCUCCAGGGCUUCUGAGAGGAGUGGCUGAGAGCUGGGGCCAGAGAAGAGUGCCUGUGGAGCCCAGGGCCUGGGAGUCAGAGGCAAGGCUGUACCAGCCCGAGGGCAGGGACUUCAGGAGGUUUGGGCCUGGGCUGCCCUUUCACAAAGCUUCCUGGGAUAGGAGGGCCUCCUCUGCCCUGGCCAAAGUGCCACCCUCUGAAACCCCUGACCCCCAAGCACCCCCUUGCCAGCUGUACCUGGGUCCCCGGGGUUAUAAGGGGUGGGAAGGCUAGGCCACUGAUGUCCCAGGCUGAGGAGGGAAUGCUGAGUAGGGCUCCCUGAUGGGUUGGGUUUCUGCAUUUUCUGGACUUCUCUCCUGAGAUGGGCACACGCAUCUUCCCUGACCUCCCCCUUCAGCAUUCACCCUCAGGUGGCUGUACCUCUGUUCCUGCCAGGCUGAGGAAGGAGCCUGGCUGGGUAUGACAGGGCAGCAGCCAGGAGCCUUCUUCAGUAGCCCCUGGGAAAAUGGAGUAGUCCCAGGUGGUAAUGGCUGAUGGAACUCUGUGGGGGGAGCCCAAACUGGGCAGGCAGCAGCUUGGGUGAUGGGUAGGGGCUAUAGGCCACCCCAGGAGCUUCCUCCGCUGCCUGCAUGCCAGGCUGCAGAACUGUAGUCCCUGUCCCUACUGCAUGGAGCUUUGAAGACUUGAGGGCUAGUGGUUCCUGGAGCUCAUUACCUGAGCAUGUAUGGAGAUAAGCUGGAGCAUCACCUGUGAAUUACCUUGGCCAGUGCUGGAAUUCAUAGACAUGUGAUGAAAGGGUUCAUCCCAUCCCUGCUCUUCCUGGCCUCUUAGCCCUUGGUCCCCAUGCCUUCCAGCUCUGCUCCUGGCCUAUUCCUUAACCCACAGCCCAGGGAUUAGCAGCUGGCUCCCUUCUAAUAUCUCAUUCUUUGUUUCUCCCUCUCUUUUGCUGAACUCCUUGCCCCACCCCCCAGAAGGCAAUGUUGAGCCGAAAGCGUGCGUCCCAGUGUCUCACACCUGUGCUCUUUAAACACAGAGACCUGCCAAGAUGCCCUCUCGUCCAACUAUGCCCAGGCUGAAGUCCUCACCCUCUCUUAAAGCGGCACCAACGUGAGAAAGACAGGCAGACAGACAGAAAGCCAGAGGCUUAGGGAAAAUCUGGAACCCAGGCAAGAAUCUUUCGCUGGGAAAGACUCAGAUAUCCUUGUUUGCACAGGAUUGAUGGAAAACUUCCCAUGUGACCCUCGGGGCCCAGAGUCAUCUGGGUUCGAUGUUCUGUUUUGUUGUACAUUGAAGAGAUAUAUAUGCACAUAUAGUAUCUAUAUUCAUACAUACUAUACUCUUGUGUGUAGUGCACGUGCUAUUGGUGGUCUGUCUUCUUUGUUAAGCUACGUCUCCCCAAGCCCCUGCCUCACCCCCAGAUGCCCAUUCCUUUCCCCUUUACUUAUUCCUUGUUUCUGCUGAACUUGUGUGUGGAAUGUCCUGGGAAAAAUGGGCCUGGGAACCGCCAGUCCAACUGGGUGGUCCCAAGCUAGACUCUCCCUCUUAGGGGUGUUUCCCUGUGGGCCAGUGGCCUGUGGGAGGCCAGUUUGCCCCCCAGGGUCACUAAUCCACUAGCCCCACCCCACCCCAGAUUGGGGCUCUACCUCCCACCCCACACCCCAGUUGUGGGGGGACUUCCAGGGGCUCCUCUGCAGCUUCUACUCCUUUCUGCCCCUUACCUGUNCCUUG